UGUUGUUUAUAAAUCUAGUGCCAACAUUAAUCACACGAUGAUAAGUGAUUCAUUGUGUCUAAGUUAUGAAAGUUAUGAAAAGUUUUUGUUUGAAGUCGAUCAUCAACAUACGACUUGCAAUUUUAGAUGAAGGAAUUUACGAGGGGGCCGUGAACGCACCGGGAGAGCAGCUGAACGCUGAACAGUUUCUUUAGUGUUUUUACUUUUAAACAUUUAUUUUAGGAUGGAUUCUCAACCUCCACCGAAGCCAUGGGAAAGGAGAAUCCCGGGGGCCAUGAGCACGCCUGUAAACUACAGGUCGACAGACUUCGGCCUGGCUGCAGGCCUCCCGAACCUGACCCCGAGCCGUCCUCCGGUCCUGACCCGGGUGGCUCCCCCGGUUGCUCCCCCGGUUCCUCCCCGCGCCCUGCAGUCGUCCUACCGUCCGUCCUACGGCUCCAUGGGCUCGUCCUACGGCCCCUACGGGAGCUCUGCGUACGGCGGCUACAGCCCGUACAGCUACGGCGGCGGCCUCGGCGGCUACGGUGGCUACGGUGGCAGCUACGGAGGCGGCUACAGCGGCGGCUACGGUGGCGGCCUCGGCGGCUACGGCCGCCUCCCCGCCAGCGAGGAAGUCGCCCCCAGCCGCUUCGUGCAGCAGGCGGAGGAGAGCAGCCGCGGGGCCUUCCAGUCCAUCGAGAGCAUCGUGCAGGCGUUCGCGUCGGUCAGCAUGAUGCUGGACGCCACCUUCUCCGCCGUCUACAACAGCUUCCGCGCCGUGCUGGACGUGGCCAACCACCUGACGCGGCUGCGCGCCCACCUCACCAGGGUGCUGUCGGCGUUCGCCCUGGUGCGGACGCUGCGGUACCUGUACCGGCGGCUGAAGCGGCUGCUGCGGCGGGGCGGCUCCGACGCCGACGUGGAGGACUUGUGGGCCGACAGCACGGGCGACGCUGUCGGUGCUGCGGCGUCCAGAGAGUUCGGAGCGGGACCGGAGGACCAGAGCGUCAAGUCCUGGCCCAUCAUCCUGUUCUUCGCCGUGGUGCUGGGCGGACCCUACCUCAUCUGGAAGCUGCUCAGUUCCAGCUCCGGCCCCGAAGAAAAUAUGACUAACUGGGCCAGCGGGGAAGAUGACCACGUUGUGGCUCGAGCUGAGUACGAUUUCUCCGCCGCUUCUGAGGAGGAGGUUUCCGUCCGCGCUGGAGACUUGCUGAACCUCGCUCCCAAAGAGCAACAGCCCCGGGUUCGCGGCUGGCUGCUCGCCAGCGUCGAUGGUCAGACCUCCGGACUCGUCCCGGCCAACUACGUGAAGGUCCUGGGGAAGAGGAGAGGCCGGAGGCACGCGGAGAUGGAGAGGCUCGCCCAGGUCACGGAGGAGAACCCAGCGGUCUCCCGGACAACACAGCCGGGUCCAGCCCAGAGUUCAGCUCCGGACCUGAGAGACGCCUCCGCUACGCUCCCCACGGAGCAGACGCUGGAAUCUGCCUUCAGAGAAGCGCCGGCUCCCUUCAGCUCCACCGCAGCGCUUAACGUCCCCGAGAAGACCGACCUGUGACGCCUGUCCUUGCAUUUUAUCAUAUCAGCAACUAGUUCAGCACUGCAAAAACUCAAAAUCUUAACAAGAAUAUUUGUCCUAUUUCUAGUUAAAAUGUCUAAUUUUUAGUCAAAAAAAAUCUCAUUACACUUAAAACAAGACUCAUCACUGGAAAAAACAACCAUUUUCACCUGUUUCAAGUAGAUUUUCCCUUAAAAUAAGUAGAAAAAUCUGUCAGUGGAACAAGAUUUUUUUGCUUGUAAUGAGAAGAUAAAUCUUAUUUCCUUAUUUCAAGUGAAAAUUUACUUGAAACAGGUGAAAAUUGUCAAAUAAGUUAUUUUUCUGGUGAUGACUCAGUCUUGUUUUAAGUGUAAUGAGAUUUUUUGACAAAAAAUGGGACAUUUUAACUAGAAAUAAGACAAAUAUUCCUGGUAAGAUUUUGAGUUUUUGCAGUGAGUCAGUUCUUAUUUGCAAUCGUCAACACAGGAGCUUGAGUUUGAUCAGCUGGCGGUCGGCGUUUGGGCCGUAACGCGACGAACCGCAUCAAGAGUAGUUCCUGAUUCAGAUCAUCGAUGCAAACGUAAUCCUCUGUCGUGUUUACUGUUGUGAAGCAGUCUUUAAACACAGCUUCAUUGUUUGUCUCUGAGGUAAUCUUCCAGCAGACUCUUCGGUAGAAAGCUUUGUGUGAUCUUUAAGUGUAAGUUUAAGAGGUUCAUUGUCUGUUUGCCAGCAGUGUAAUUAGAGCGAAAGUGUUUCCUUUCACCAUGUGAUCAUGUAACCUUGUGUGAAGGCUGCUCAGUCCUCUGUGUUGUCCUUUCAGUGUGAACCAGGUGAGACUGGAUUCAUUCAGAAUUACAAGGGGCUAACUUUGCACAUUUUCAACUAUUUGUUCAAUGCACAUGGUAAUUUUGUAAAUAUUUAAUAUAAUUAUUUUGAAAAUAAAUCUUUUCAAAAUGGG